CGCUGCGCGGCAUGUGCAACACUGCGUUUUCUGCUGCCCCCUUUUGGCUGUUGUUUCGUGUGUUGACCAAUAAAUUUUUCGCAUAUUUUUUCCACUUUUCAAUUACCAAACUUCAAGAGGCGCCAACGCAGACUGUCGAACGCCAGCUAACCAAAUAGUGAGCGCGUUUUUGGCCUAUUCAACUGAACAAGUGACAGGAGCAGGAGCAGGAGCAGGAUCUCGACCAGAUCGCCAGGAAGCGACAUUUGCAGAGCGCAGCGGUUCAAGUGAAAGCGAGAGAGAGAGAGACAGAGCGGUAGAGUGAGCGAGAGAGCAAGCGUAUUCCUGUCCAGAAAUCGGGAAUCCUUGGCCAAGCAGCUGCUCCUUGAUUUGCGUCAUCUUUGUUUGUGCAACGUUGUGUAAACAAGCGGAACAUCCCGGUUAACGGAAGGCAUCAAGUCGACAGCCACAUUCGUUUCCAGAUCACCAUAUCCACACAGAUUGUGGGUGCAGUUUUCCAUUUGGCCCAUCUAACUAACAAUUAAAAAUGGCCGCUGCCGCUGGGAGCGCAGUGAAUGCAGUGAACGACUGCUUCAGCAUCGGAUCCACAGUCGUCUGCACGACCUGUUUCAAUGAGGAAGUGGAGGGCGAGGUGCUGGCCUUCGAUCACAACACAAAGAUGCUUAUCCUGAAAUGCCGAUCCAAGUCCACGGAGGAGCUGAGUGAUAUCUACGUGAUGAACCUCUCGCUUUGCAGCAACGUACAAGUGGUCAAGGAGUGCAACGGCAACUUUGAUGAUCCGCAAAAGCUCAACCUGGAACAGGUGAAAAUGCGCCUGCGGAAAACAGUAGAGCGAAGACAGGACUACCUGAAGUCCAAGAACGCGGAUGUCAGUCCAGAGGCACAGGAGCUUUAUAGAGCGAUAGCCAAACAAUACGGGUACAAUGAAGUCUCCUGGCAGGGACUGAACAUACAAAUCCUGAACGAAGUCACCAUCUCGCCGCCGUAUCGAGUGGACAACGUGGUGUCCAGCUCGAACAACGAAACUUCAUGCAACUACAUCAAGCGCAUCAUCAAACAGUUCUUCAACACGAGGCCAUCGCCGGUUCCAGAAAGCGGAGCUGCGGCCAGCACCUCGUCACCAUCGGUGUCUCCCACGUCCUCAUCUCUUGCAUCUGGAUCUCCGGUCCCCGCAAACUAAUAAUAAAUUGAAAAAAAAAUAUAAACAAAACAAAAAACAGAAAUGUGCUUCAAAAAGGA